AUGCCGUACAACACCCGUCGCAAGUCCCUGUCACUACCGUCGCUCGGCAUCCAGCUGCCUAACGCCUCACGUGUCCACCGCACCAACUCCAAGUCGACCGUACAAGACCAGCCACUGCAGGCACACUCGCCACCUCUCAAGAAGCAGAAGCGCUCUCACCCAGACGAUGCUCCCUUGUCGCCAGUCUCCUCGCCACGAUCAAAUGCCGCCACGCCGUCGGCACAGACCAUGUCUCCUCCCCCCCAGCAGAGAAUCAAGCUAGAGCAUACACCUCCACCGUCGCCUGGAGACGUCGAAGUCGGUCUUGGUCGGAAAGUCGAUACUGAAGGCAUCAACGAUGACAUUGUGAUCGCUGUUAUCGACCAGCUGGAAAAGACUGCCAACAGACCGCACCUCAUCAAAGAGCUGGCAACUGUACUGGCCUCUACGAAUCACAGCAUUGCACAAUCUGCAAACCCAGCCGCCCUUCUGUCAUCAAGACUCAGUCUCUACCUGAAGCGCCCAUGGACCGCCCUUUCCCCUUGCCCGCUGGCCAAAGAACUCAUUCCUGUGCAUCCUCGCAAGGUCUUCUUCUACCUCACCACCCAGACUCGCAUGCCUUUGCCGGAGAACUCAGAUGACAUCAUUCCCCCUGUCCUCGCCGAGAUCAAGCAGUUGACGCCUAGCAUCUCCGACCCUAGCGUGACAGGUGAUGAAAUGGACGCCGAGAUUCGAGCAAGAUCGCUCAGCCCCGAAGUUGAGCUCUUUUCGCCCGAUCUAGAAGACGAGAUGUCUAUCCCCACACCGCCCACUCCCGGUGAGGCUUUCAGUGGCCGGAGCAGCUUGAAUCCUGAUGGGACACCGGACAUCCGCUCGUGUAGCCAUCGAGCACCCAGCCCGGCUCUUGAAGCAGACGAACGCGGUUUUACUGAGACUGCUACCGCUGUACGGGCACGUGGCAUGAGUCUCCAGAGCGCCAUUCCCCAGCCCUCGGUUGAGGUGGAUAGAUCGGCCAUCACGGAGGAAGACGAGACCCCGGAGCAACAGCAUAAUCGGGAUCAGAACCUCGCGUACGCACUGUUUGGCAACGAGCGUCUUCAGGCCCACCAAAAAGCACUCGGCAGCAGUCCCAUGAUCCAACCCAAGCCAGAAGCCAUGGCUAAACCUCAUCCAAUCCUCAUCUUGGACGACAUCAACAUGAUUGAUGGUCACGACAACCUUUUGAGCCCGGAAGUCAUUGAUGUGGAUGAACUCGACUCCAUGUUCACGGGGUACUAG